UCAGGGUGAUUUCAAGAGUCAAAAAGAAGCAGUGUGGGCAAUAACCAACUACACCUCAGGUGGUACAGUAGAACAGAUUAUAAUGAUAGUUCAGGCUGGUGUACUGAAACCACUCUGUGAUCUUAUGGUUGUCAAAGAAGCAAAGGUUGUCUUGGUCAUCUUAGAUGCUAUUGGCAAUCUUCUUCUGGCUGGAGAGAAACUUAAUCAAGUGGAUGUUGUUAGUUUGAUGAUAGAAGAGUGUGGUGGGUUGGACAAACUGGAAGGCCUACAGCAACAUGAGAAUGAACAAGUUUACCAGGCAGCAUUGAAGCUUAUUGAAAAAUUCUUCUCCGGAGAGGAGGAUGAAGAUGAUACAGUCGCUCCAGAUUCCACAACUGGUGUUUAUGAAUUCUCGGCACAAGCUGCUGUACCACAAGGCGGAUUCUCAUUCUAAAUCUAUAUUUAUCUACACACACACCUCCACAAACGUACAUACACAUGCAAGACUUUAACGGUAAAACCAUCAAGUUAAAUUGCAGUUCAAUCUAAAGUUGCAAUUUACGAUGUGCAAGUCUUGGCUUUAGGUUUAAGGCAAGUGUAAGUUAUAUGUAUAUACAAAUUAAAAGCCAAGGUGUGAAUUUCUUCAAAACUAAUGUUGCCAUCGGCUUCACUAUUAUGAUUGGUUUCAAUGCUAUGGUUUUUU